AUCAAAUUUGGCAAACACGAUUCUGCCUUCGAUCUUGUAUUAUCUCUUUGAGCCCGUAAAAGAAGCAGGCGAGAAUCAUGUCAGUCUCAAAAGACGUCAAACCGCUCCCCUUUGUGUACCAGUUCAUCGCUGGCGCAAUAGCAGGGGUAUCGGAGAUAUGCACAUUCUACCCGCUUGACGUUGUGAAAACACGCAUGCAACUUGAACGUGGACAGUCGCCAUCUUUGGUGAAGAGCUUUCAGAACAUCGUACGGCAAGAAGGUUUUGCCCGUCUGUAUAAAGGCCUCGUCCCUCCAUUGCUGCUCGAAGCGCCAAAGCGCGCGACUAAAUUUGCCGCAAAUGACUUCUGGGGGAAGACCUUUAAGCAGAUGACAGGGUCGAAAGAGAUGACUCAAUCGCUUUCUAUCCUGACAGGCUGUUCGGCUGGUGCAACUGAGAGUUUCGUAGUUGUGCCAUUUGAGCUUGUCAAAAUUCGAUUACAAGAUAAAGCAACAACCUUCAAGGGCCCAAGAGAGGUCAUUAAGCACAUCGUCAGACAUGAGGGUAUACUCGGCCUUUACAAUGGAAUGGAGUCAACGUUUUGGCGACACUUAUGGUGGAAUGGUGGCUACUUUGGGACGAUAUUCCAGGUCAAGGCUAUGCUUCCCAAGGCUGAUACACCAAAAUCUCAACUACUCAACAACUUCAUUUCGGGAACGAUCGGAGGCUUUGUCGGCACGGCGAUCAACACUCCGUUUGAUGUAGUCAAGUCGCGCAUUCAAGGUACCCAGCGACUGCCUGGCGUCGUCCCCAAGUAUAACUGGUCGUACCCUGCUUUGGCACUUAUCGCUCGCGAAGAAGGGGUCAGAGCGUUGUACAAGGGUUUUGUGCCCAAGGUUCUACGGCUGGCCCCUGGCGGUGGUGUUCUGCUACUCGUGGUUGAAUUCACGUUGGGAUUGUUUAGAAAAGCUCUUGGUCCACCUUACAUAUAGGCGGCGGAGGUGCCUCUAGAGGAAUGUGCGAUCGUUAUAGUUCAUGGUUAGGAAGGACUCUGGCAUACAUAUGUGUGUAGGAUCAAUCGCUCCCCACACUGUCCAUAACGCUAGAAAUACGCUAUAUCAUAUGACCUUCUCAGUCCAUUUUUGGCAGCAAUACUUUGACCAAAAA